AUGGGGACAGCGACCCAAACCCAGACUAAAAGGGAGGGUGAUAUUUCCGACGCCUUUGUCUCAUUAUCCGGCAGUGCUAGACCACCUCUUCCUCAGCGGUUUCUUCACCUCAAGAAGACUUUAGUUAGCGGUCAUGAGGAUCGUAUAAUUGAUAGCUGGAAUCGACUUCUCGCCGAGCUGAAACGUGAGAAUAAGAUAAUCGCCAGAGAAGGUCCCGGAAUUAUUCCUAGUCUAGACUUUCAGGACUUAGACGCAGAUUUUACUAAACUCCGCGGCGAGCUUGAGAAGAGAGGUGUCGCUGUCAUUAGGGGGGUGCUCCCGGAAGACGAAGCUCGAUCCUUCAAGGGUGAAAUCGAGGAGUAUGUGAGACAGAAUCCUCAAACAAAAGCCUUCCCGCCGCAUGAUCCUCAAGUAUAUGAGCUAUAUUGGUCUGCACCGCAACUCCGCGCUCGGGCGCAUCCGAACAUGCUAAAAGUCCAAACGGCGCUUAUGAAACUGUGGCGCACGUCGAACCCCGAAAGCCCUAUUUCUACAUCGCAGCCAGUAUCAUAUGCCGACCGUCUUCGUAUCAGGCAACCUGGAGAUGCAACCUUUGCUUUGGGCCCGCAUAUUGACGGGGGCAGUGUUGAAAGAUGGGAGUUGAACGGGUACGGUCGUGGCGGCGUGUAUAAUAAGGUAUUUGAAGGUUCCUGGGAAGAGUACGAUCCGUGGGAUGCCAGCACACGGGUGUCUGCCGUUGCUAAUAACUAUAACGGGCUGGGCGCUUGCUCCAUGUUCCGAAUGUUUCAAGGCUGGCUAAGUAUGAGCACCGCACAGCCGUUCGAAGGGACCCUUAUGGUGAAUCCAGCAAUCAAACUCUCAACAGCAUACUUACUGCUUCGACCGUUCUUCCGGCCCAUUAAGGAUCUCGAUCAAGCAUCCCCAGAAAAAUAUCUCGCCGCCGAGAACUGGGAAUAUGCCGGGGCUGAUAUGACGAGUGAACUACACGGCGCGACUCCUGGACAUGGGCAAGAGUUAGAUAAUGCUCUCCACCCACACUUGGACCUCGAAAAUACUAUGGUGCACGUCCCACGUAUCAAGCCUGGCGACUACGUGGUAUGGCACUGUGAUUCUAUCCACGCCGUUGACAAAGUGCACAAGGGAAAUUCGGACUCCAGCGUGUUGUAUAUACCGGUCUGCCCAUUAACCGAGAUAAAUGCUAGGUAUCUCGCACGACAGAAGAACGCUUUCUUGAACGGUACCCCAGGCCCUGAUUUUCCAGGCGGGCGAGGCGAAGCCGACCAUGUCAAUAGACAGACCGAAUCGCAUCUUCGUUCAUAUGCCACCGCUGAUGGGCUACGAGCUUUCGGGUUUGAGAAACUCCACCCGGCCACAACAAACACCAGCGGAGCAAAGACAAUUACUUCGCUGGCGAAUGAGAUCUUGGGAUUCUAA